AUGUCUGUAUUUCUCAGUAACUUGUCAAUAAAUGACUCUAGUCUGUGGAAGGAAAAUAAGAAUAAUUCUACGGACCUUUUAAAUCCUCCAGGAACUCUGAAUAUCUUCCUUUUUUGCCUGACAUGUUUCAUGACUCUUGCAGCCCUGGCAGGCAGCAUUUAUUCACUAGUUUCCCUGCUGAAAAUGCAGAACAGAACAGUUGUGUCCAUGCUUGUGGCUUCCUGGUCUGGGGAUGAUCUCAUGAGCGUCUUGUCGGUGACCAUCUUCAUGUUCUUGCAGUGGCCAAAUGAGAUCCCUGGCUACUUCCAGUCUCUGUGCACCACUUCUGCCUUACUGUACCUAUGUCAAGGCCUCUCGAGCAACUUGAAGGCGACUCUCCUUGUCUCGUACAACUUUUACACCAUGUACAGGGCCGUGGGGAGCCAGGCAGCCUCCAGAAGAUGCGGCCAGGUGCUUGGCGUGGCGCUGACCGUGUGGGCAGCCAGUCUGCUGCUCUCGGCGCUCCCGCUGUGCGGCUGGGGCGCCUUCGUGCGCACGCCCUGGGGCUGCCUGGCCGACUGCUCCAGCUCUUACGUGCUGCUCCUCUUUGCUGUGUACACUUCGGCCUUCGGACUCUUAGCCGGCCUAUCUGUGCCACUCACUCACCAGUUGCUGUGUUCGGAGGAGCCGCCCAGGCUCCACGCCAACUACCAGGAAAUUUCCCGCGGAGCUUCCACGCCCGGGACCCCUUCCGCCGGGGGGAGAAUGCUUUCCGUAUCCCCGGAGGAAGCCCCAGGCCCAGCCCUGCGAUGCUCUAAGGGAUGCUCCCCGAGCUCCGACUCUGUGUUUGGACCGGGUCAGUCUGCCAGUGGCUGGCCUGGGCAGGGGCCGGGGCGUGGCGCUGCUCCUGGCUCUGGGGCUGGAGUCUGCAGGCGUGAGAACCGGGGCACUUUCUAUGGCUCCAGAAGCUUCACCGUGAGCGUCGCGCAGAAGCGCUUCUCUUUGAUCCUAGCGCUGACAAAAGUCAUCCUCUGGCUACCUAUGAUGAUCCACAUGGUGGUCCAGCACGUGUUGGGGUUUCAGAGCAUUCCCUUCGAGACACUCAGUUUUCUACUAACCCUGCUGGCCACGACGGUAACCCCAGUGUUUGUCUUGUCCAAACGUUGGACCCACCUACCCUGUGGCUGCAUCAUCAACUGCAGGCAGAAUGCAUACGCAGGUGCAACAGUUGAGAAGAAAACCAAAAGAAGCUUUGAAUUCAACUUAUCAUUCCAACGAAGUUAUGGAAUUUAUAAAAUAGCACAUGAAGAUUACUAUGAGGAUGAUGAAAAUUUUAUAUCCCAUCACAACCGGCUGAACUAUGAUUGUGAAACUACAAAGGACUCUCAGAGAGACACCCGCAAUUUCUUCAGUGCCAUCAAAGUGGGAAUCAGCACCACACCCUCUCCUGACAGCUCCACACUAAGAGGCAUCAACAAAUGCACAAACACUGAUAUUACAGAUGCUGCACAUGAUUCUGACAAAGGCCAGAGCAUUGACCCUAUGAUUUCUGACAAAACAGGAGGUAACAUUAACUAUGAAGAAAACACCUUUUUGGAAGGCUCAGAAAGAAGGCUUUCUCAUGAGGAGAGCCAGAAACCAGACCUUUCAGAUUGGGAGUGGUGUAGAAGUAAAUCAGAAAGGACCCCUCGUCAGCGUGCCGGAGGUGCCCUUGACAUUCCUUUGUGUGCGUUCCAAGGAACUGUGUCUCUCCAAGCUCCUACUGGGAAAACCUUGUCUCUUUCAACCUAUGAAGUAAGUGCAGAAGGCCAAAAAAUUACCCCAGCGUCUAAGAAAAUAGAAGUCUAUCGAUCCAAAAGUGUUGGCCACGAACCAAACUCAGAGGAUUCUCCCUCCACUUUUGCAGACACCAAUGUGAAAAUACACUUGGAAGUCCUUGAAAUCUGUGAUAAUGAAGAGGCCUUGGACACUGUGUCCAUCAUUAGCAACAUCAGCCAGUCCUCUACACAAGUCAGGUCUCCAUCUCUACGCUACUCACGGAAAGAGAACAGAUUUGUUUCCUGUGACUUGGGGGAAACAGCCUCAUACUCCCUCUUUUUGCCCACGAGUAAUCCUGAUGGUGAUAUUAACAUCUCCAUUCCAGAUACAGUUGAAGCACACAGGCAGAAUAGUAAAAGGCAGCACCAAGAGAGGGAUGGCUACCAGGAGGAAAUCCAGCUGUUAAAUAAAGCUUACAGGAAAAGAGAGGAAGAAAGCAAGGGUAAUUAG